AGUGCGCUUAAUCUGUGCACAGAAUUGUGUUAUACUAUUCGUACUUUAGUUUUUUGUAUUUUGAGCUGAAGAUCUAUGGCUUCUACAUUCGAAAAUAUGUCAUCAAAAAUGAAACACAUUGUUUUGUUUAACCGUUCAGUAUGCAUAAUAGAUAUUUGUGUAAGACCUGAAAUUACAUCGAAUGUGAUUUGUGCGUGUGACAUCCUCCUGGACAAUAUUUGGACUCGAAUUUAUAAUUCGACAGUACUAUGAAAUAAUUUUUUCGGUACCAAAAGGAAGAGACGUCAGCUAAUUCUUUGCAGAAAACAGUAACCAUCAGUAGAAACGUACGCUUUGCCAGUACGACACAAAAUGUCUUUCCCGACUUAGACUGUAAUGACUGUUCCCCUAGGCGAUCAAUCAAGAGAAUUAUUUGACGAGCUGAAGUCCGAUUUCAGCCGAAAGCUGCGAACUCUACGUCAGUCGUACUCGGUGUACUUGAUUCGCAAAGCGAUAUACAAAAAUCAUUUGUUAUUCUUGCUUAGGGCGGUAGAUUGUUCCAUGUUUUGAAUGCGGUAGCAUUGCGCUGUUCGAUGUUGAGCUUCGUGCAGCGACGCGGUCUUCCGUGUUUGUGAAGCGAGCACUUGCAGAAAAAGAAAAUGCGUAUCGUGGUGCUCUUCGUUUUCCUUUUUCUAGUGCAUGAAAUUCGCGCGAAUCACGAAAGUCAUGUUCAACUUGAUUUGGAUAUUGGCUCAAGCAGGGAAGCAUUGAGAACCGACGAUGAAGUGAUAAAACGAGAAGAAGAAGCAAUCAAAACUGAUGGCCUUAAUGUGUCGCAAGUAAAGCAGAUGAAGGAGGCGGUACAAAAAUUUACUUUUCAGGCGGAAGUUAGCCGAAUGAUGAAACUCAUAAUUAAUUCCCUGUAUCGCAAUAAGGAAAUAUUUUUAAGAGAGCUUAUUUCCAAUGCUUCUGAUGCACUUGAUAAAAUUCGUCUUUUGUCUCUGACAGAUGAUUCUGCCCUGAGUGCAACAAGUGAGCUGGUCAUAAGAAUAAAGAUUGACCAAGGUGAUCGGAUUGUUCAUAUCACUGACACUGGGAUUGGGAUGACAAGGAAAGACCUCAUAAACAACCUUGGAACUAUAGCGAAGUCCGGAACUUCAGAUUUCUUUGGUAGAAUGCAAAAUUCAUCUUUCACAAAAGAGGAAAUGAGUGACCUUAUUGGACAGUUUGGUGUUGGGUUCUAUUCUUCUUUUCUUGUUGCUGAUAAGGUAGUGGUGAAGAGUAAGCAUAAUGAUGACAAGCAGUAUAUAUGGGAAUCAGAUGCAGGAAGCUUUUCCAUCACAGAGGAUCCUGAUGGUGACAGUUUGAAACGAGGAACGACAGUAAGUCUUCAUCUGAAAGAAGAUGCUUAUGAAUACACAGAUAGAGAAACUGUCAAAAAGUUAGUCCAGAAAUAUUCACAGUUUAUAAACUUCCCUAUUUACCUUUGGCACCAAAAAACUGUAGAAGAAAAGGUCAUUGAAACUUCUAUGAAGGAAACAAAAACAACAGAAGAUGAUUUGGGCGUGGAAGAAGAGCUGCAAGAGAAUGAAGCUAUAACUGUAAAAAAAUUAGUAGAUGACUGGGAGCUACUAAAUGUUGAUAAGCCUAUCUGGACUAGGAAGCCAUCGGAAGUGCAAAAUGAAGAGUACUACGAAUUUUACAAAGCACUGACAAGAGAUACAAAAAAUCCGUUAGCAAAAAUGCAUUUUGCAGUAGAAGGUGAUGUUGCUUUCAAAGCUGUUCUGUUCAUCCCACAAGAACAACCAGAAGAGAUUCUAAAAAAUUAUGGGAAGUGGACAGAUAAUAUCAAGUUUUAUGUACGUCGGGUGUUUAUAACAGACGAGUUCAAAGACAUGCUGCCAGACUAUAUACAAUUUGUGAAAGGUGUUGUUGAUUCUGAUGACCUGCCACUUAAUGUAUCUCGUGAAACACUUCAGCAACAUAAAUUAAUAAAAGUCAUUCAGAGAAAAGUUAUUCGGAAAGCAAUUGAUAUGAUGCUUCAGCUUGAAAAGGAAGAUUACAUGAAAUUUUGGAAGGAAUACUCUACUAACAUCAAACUAGGAGUUCUUGAGGACAGUAUUAAUCGAGCAAAAUUGGCGAAACUGCUAAUGUUUCAUUCUUCUUAUAGCAAUAGUAUGACAACCUUGUCAGAAUACAUAGAAAGAGCAAAACCAAAUCAGGAUCAGAUCUAUUACAUUGCAGGGGCUACACUGGAGGACCUGCAAACAUCACCUCUUGUGGAGGGUCUCCUCAGAAGGGGCUAUGAAGUUCUGUAUAUGAUUGAAGCAGUAGAUGAGUACUGUAUAAACAAAUUGCCAGAAUUUGGGAUGAAAAGAUUCCAAAAUAUAGCUAAAGAAGAUUUUAUAAUGCCGAUAGCAGAGGAUGAUAACAUAGACUGGGGAAAAAUUACGGAAGAAUAUGAACCACUCAUCCAUUGGUUAGAAAGAGAUGUAUUAAAAGAGAAAAUACAACGCGCAAAAAUUUCUCAAAGGCUCAUGGAAUCUCCUUGUGCUCUGGUAGCUAGCGUAUUUGGCUAUACAGGGAACAUGGAACGCUUGGCUGUAUCAACAGCUCACAGAAAAUCAUAUCAGAAUGACAACAGAAGCAAAAUAAAGACAAAGAAGAUAAUGGAAAUCAAUCCCCAUCAUGAAUUAAUUAGGGAGUUACAUAGACGAUUUAAGUACCAACCAGGAGAUGAAACUGUGAAACAAAUGGCCAUUAUGUUAUACCGUCUUGCUGCUUUGAAGUCUGGAUAUAUGUUAGAUGAUACCUUCGCAUUUUCUCAAGAAGUAGAAAAUAUGAUGGUAAAACUACUUGGCACUGGAGAGUUCAAGAAAGAUUCUGGAAGGAUCAAAACUGGCAGUAUUGAAAAUGAAGAUAUUCAUGAAGAGCUAUAAGUUUUUAAAAUGAUGUGUUAGCCUUUCCAAAUUUUCUGGAUUAUCUUAGCAGUGAGGCAUGCACAACACAGGCAUGGAUUAAAAAUAAAUUACUUUCAAUAAGUUGUAUAUGUGGGUUUUAUAGUGCAAAAUCAAUGGUGAUAAUAUUGUUUGUGUCAUUAGAGUUCACCUUGUGUUAAAUAAACAAAUAAAUCAUUUUAAUUAAAAGAGUAAUUUCUGUGUAAUAAAAAUUACUAAGCAAUUUGUA